CUUGGAGAAGUCUUGGAUGGCCAGCUCGCGGCUUUUGCUUUCGCGCUGCUUGGAGCCGCGCUCUUUCGCGGGUUUGCGCUUCACAAAGGGGGACUUUGUGAGGCCGGCCCUCGCUGGCCUUCAGGCUCCAGCGUUUGAGCUGGACAAGGUUGCUGAAAGUGCAUAAAGCUAGUCCUCUCACCCAUGUGGUGAUCUGGGAGAAGGCCGGUGGCAAUGGCAAACCACGAGGAGCUCAAGCCGAACCUGACCCGGCUGCUGCUUCAGCAGCUGGAGGACAGCUAUUGGUCCAUCGGCCAGUCUGGGAGGAAGCAGAGGUGUGUGGCCGGAGCGCCCAGCAUUGGGUUCGCUCCGCAGACGGGGCUUGUUGCAAUGUCCGCUUGCAAGAACACUUGGCUGCAAGCGCCGGAAAAGCUUGUAGCUGCGGAGUACCGGCCUAGAUCUUUCCUGCGACGGCGAGCUCCAGAUGAGAUUGAGACUGCGCUGACGCAGCUGGACCAGGGCGCUCUGAACAUGGUGAAGCGGAGCUUCCGCUCGAACUUGGACUUGGCCGAAUUCGCAGAGGCAAUUGUGAGCACGGGCACCUACGAUGCCGACAGGAUCCUGGCCUUUGUAAGCGGAGUCGUCGACCUGUACUUGGAGGUCUUCCGUUCUCAAAGUGAGCGGGCGGCGGAGCCUGCGGUGAAGUGGGCUCAGCUCAUGAACCACUUCAUUGAGUCCCCAGAGAUCGUCAUGUUUGAGGGCAACGAGGUGGCAUCACUGGGCCCCAAGAGUUCCUCCUCCAACCUGGCGCAGGCCCGGUUGGCAGCAUGUAGGAUGAUCAGCUUUGACCAGCUCGAGGUGCGACGCAGCAAUUUGGUAGACUGCGCCAAACACAUGGGUUCCAUGAUCCGGAAGAUCAACUGGAUGCCCUCGCUCGAGAUGCUCACCACGGUGGAGGGCACCGAGUCGGUGUACUUCUGGUCACCCACCAUGGCCUGGGAGAGCCGCAUGGUGACACCGCAGCUGCCGGCGGACUUCUUCGAGCAUCAAAAGCCCUUAUGGACAGUGCAUGCUGUGGCAUGGGACAACGAUGCCCAGGACCUGGUGGCCCUACUCAGCAACCGCUUCUUGAUCUUUUGGAGGCUUAGGAAUCGGGAGAAGGGCCAGUUCCAGCAGAAGAAGGAGUUCCGCUUCCAUGCCACCCGUGAGGGCCGGGCAUCGCAGUGGCAGGUGCUUCUGCGCACUCUGGAUCCCAAGACAGGGGAUCCCGAACCGGGUAGCAGCAAGGCCAGGUCCAAUUCCGAGGCUGCGGCCCGCAGGGACAAGCGGGAAGCGCGGCUGGCAGCAGAGGCGGCGCAGCAGCUGGACAUUUGGUGGAACGCCAGCAUGAAGACCUGGGUCACUGCCGACUAUGCUGGCAGGCGCCGGCUGCCUAAGACUGCGAACUCCAACCGACAUGCCGAUAGCAAAGGCCAGAUCGUGGAUGUUUUCCACAUGAGUCAGCAAGAGGCCAACAAGAUUUGUGGCGAGCUGCUCAGCGAGGCUCCGCAGAGCGCAGAGGAUGUGUUGCUGGUGAUGCUGGGGGCGUUGCUGGUGAUACUGGCGGAAUCAAGGGCGCUGAAGCGGCCGGACACGGCAAAGUGGAAGGAAACCGCCGAGCCAGAAGUGGCCGAAGCUGACAUGAGGACGGCCAGGGACGAGCUGCAGCAGGCCGAGGCCUUUCUGAAGGAGAACGGGACGGCCCUACCACAGGACAAGGUGCAGCCGCUCUGUGCGCUGUGCACCCGUUUCACGCAGUUCGCCCACCAGCUGGGAGCUAGCCAGGAUGUGAUGGUGUCGCAGGGCAUGGCGCCUUCAAAGGUGCAAGGUGGCGAUUUGCACCCACUGCCUGAUUACCAGCAGCGCGUCAUGAUCGUGGAACAGGAGCCCAAACAGGAGGGGGAAAUGGAUGAGUUGUUUGACACAGCCGAGGAAGAACCGCCUCCGCCCAACGUGCCUGCCUCCUUCUGUCCCUUCUUCGAGAGUGGCAACUGCCAGGCUGGAGAUGCCUGUGUCUUCUCCCACUCGACGACGGCGCCAGAAGGAGGCGAGACCGAGUCCAAGAAGGACCAACUGGCGGCUUACAAGAGCAGGCUCAUGGAAGAGGCCAGCUAUCUUCAGAUCUUCGAUUUUGUGGGCCUGCCGCGCGAUGGUGCCAUCGGCUAUGAGGACUUUCUGAAGUUGGCCUCCUCCAAGAACGGCCUCAUCUACCCCGUGGAGGAAGAGCGGCGCACCCUUGGCCAGGACAAGUCUAUCGACAAGUACCUCAAAGAGUAA